AUGUCCUCUCCGCUCAUCCCCCCAGAACAAUGGCGACAUCUCUUCCGUGCCUUACUCCGUGAAUGCUCUUAUCUCCCCGACCCGAUUGCGAAAGGCUACAUGCAUGACUACGUCGUCCAGAGAUUUCGACGCUACAAUGACAUAUCGAAAGCAAAGCCUCUCAGUGACCCCCAUCGACAAUUCUCCCUCCACAAGACCGCGACUCAGAAACUUUCUUUACUCAAACGUGCCAAUGAAGGCUACUCUCGACCGCUUGAAAAAGUCCUCCGACUGUCCUACGGACGCAAGGGAAAGAAAAGAAGGGAACUGUUAGACACAUUCAUUGCCCCGGAGGUUCCUCCGGAUGCUGCGGCCGUGAUGAGCCUUGUUGAGAAACCGAUCAUGUUCGAAGAUGGAUGGAAACCCCCUUCAAUUGUGAUUGAUCUUUUGAAGUCUCAGUUGAACAACGGCAUGAUCUCUCAGCUUAACGACCGCUCAGUAGUCAGGAAUCUGGAGCCGCCGAUACCAAAGGAGAACAGUUGGGGGAAGCCUGUUGCGAAAAGUCGACGGCGAAACAUCCGGAAGACCUGGUAUCAGUCUCUGCUGGAUGGCCUGCUGCCGCCGCUUCCCGACACACAGCUUGAGACACUGGAGGGUUUGAUCUCGGGAGAAAUGCCAUGGACAUCGCCGAGGAAAAGGAAAGCAGUUAAUGUCUCGGAACAGCGGGAGGACAACCUCGACGUCAAGUUUCUUACAAAAGGGCCCGAGAAGGGUGUGACAUUCAGAGAUUUCGUCAACGGGAGGCCUCACAAAAUCACGCGCCGGUUCAUGCAGCGACUUUGGAGGCGCAUAUCUUGUCUGGUCCCGCGCCUGGAGUGGAAUGAAAAGGGUCAAAAACAUUACUUCAAGUGGGAUACGGUGAAGCCUUUACCAGAGAUUUCUACAGUGAUUGAACAUGACCGUUUGUCUGAUCUGUUCCAAAAAGUGAACACCGAGGGAAAACUGAUCAAGCCUCCCUCUAAACGGCGAACUGUGACGGUGCAAUGA